GGAAGCAUAUUGAUCGGCAAGGAUCCAAUAUUCAUUGGUUCUUCACAGCCAUUCCAAUACAUUAUCAUUGACUCGCCAAGUGUCAUUUGAGGUUAAACUGAAUAAGGAAAUAGUUCCGAAAUUAUUUGCUACAAACUAUCUUUGUGUUGGAUUUUUAAGAAAUUUUGUUGUUUGGACAUACAAGGAAAGUAAAAUAAACCAAGCAUGGAAUAUACAAACUGGAUAUUUUAAGUGCAAAAUAUGGCUGUUACAGAGGUGACUAACAAGACAUUAUCAUAGCAAAAAAUCAUUUUGUUACAUCUUGGACCUAACAUUUGGAAGAAGACACUGUGAAGUGAUACCUUAUAGGAAGUGACCAUGUCGUCUGUGAAGGUGGCUGUGAGGGUUCGACCCUUCAACAGUCGUGAGAUUGCUCGCGAAUCAAAAUGUGUCAUCGGUAUGUCCGGGAAGUCAACCACUAUAGAAAAUACGAAAGCAGUAGGACCAAAAGAAUCCAAAGAACAGUUUAAAAGUUUCAACUUUGAUUAUUCCUACUGGUCUCAUACAGAUCCAAAUGAUCCAGAGUUUGCCACUCAGAAGAUGGUCUACAAUGACAUAGGUGUUGAGAUGUUGAAACAUGCCUUUGACGGUUACAAUGUGUGUAUAUUUGCGUACGGACAGACAGGUGCUGGGAAGAGUUACACGAUGAUGGGAAGAAAUGAACCUGGACAGGAAGGCAUCAUUCCGCAGUUGUGUCAGGACUUGUUUGAAAAAAUCAGAAAAGCUGAGGCUGAAGUUAACUACUCAGUUGAGGUGAGCUAUUUUGAGAUAUAUUGUGAGAGAGUUAGGGAUCUUCUGAACCCCAGCAAUAAGAACAGCCUGAGAGUGAGAGAGCAUCCCCUACUUGGCCCCUAUGUGGAGGACCUUUCCAAGCUGGCAGUACAAUCCUUUGAUGAUAUCAACAAUCUCAUUGAUGAAGGAAACAAAGCUAGAACUGUUGCGGCGACCAACAUGAACGAGACAAGUUCAAGAUCUCAUGCUGUAUUCACGAUUGUGUUCACCCAGAGAAGACAUGAUGAACAGACUAAAUUGACUGGGGAAAAAGUCAGCAAGAUUAGUCUGGUAGAUCUUGCAGGGUCUGAACGAGCUGACGCUACUGGUGCCAAAGGGGCUAGACUGAAAGAAGGGGCCAAUAUUAACAAAUCGCUAACUACACUUGGAAAAGUUAUUUCAGCAUUGGCUGAAGUGAGUGCUAUGGACCAUAUGAAAGCAAGCAAGAAGAAAAAGAAGAGUGAAUUUAUACCUUACAGAGAUUCUGUUCUAACAUGGCUCCUCAGAGAAAAUCUUGGAGGAAAUUCAAAAACAGCCAUGAUAGCUGCACUCAGUCCCGCAGACAUCAACUAUGAUGAAACUCUCAGUACUUUGAGGUAUGCAGACAGAGCCAAACAAAUCAUGUGUAAGGCCGUUGUCAAUGAAGAUCCAAAUGCCAGACUUAUACGUGAACUGAAAGAAGAGGUGGUACGUCUCCGAGAAAUUCUCUCACAGGAGGGAAUCACAGUCGGAGAAGGAUUACAAGGCAUACCACAGACAGUGAACAGAUCUCGUAAAUCCUCUGUAACUGUGGAUGGUGGGGAGGAUGCUGUAGAAAGACUGGAAAUGUCCGAGAAAUUGAUCGCCGAGCUCAACCAGUCUUGGGAAGAAAAACUAAGAAAAACGGAGGAAAUUAAAAAAGAAAGAGAGGCAGUGCUUGCAGAAAUGGGUGUGGCUCUGAAGCAGGAUGGUGGUACAAUAGGCGUGUUCUCACCAAAGAAAACACCCCAUCUAGUCAACUUGAACGAGGAUCCUCUAAUGUCAGAGUGUCUGAUUUAUUACCUUAAAGAAGGUGUAACAAGGUGUGGUCGAGAGCACGCUAGUGUACAGCAGGAGGUUAUACUCUAUGGAACAUAUAUCAAAGAUGAACAUUGUAUAUUUGAAAAUGAUGAUGGUAAGGUGACUAUUAACCCAUGUGGAGAUGCCCUGGUUUAUGUAAAUGGUACCCAGAUUAAAGGUGCGACAGAGUUGAAGAUUGGUUCCCGUGUUAUCCUAGGAAAGAAUCAUGUGUUCAGGUUUAACCAUCCAAUACAGGCCAGACAGAGUCGAGCCAUGUUAACCGAUACCUCAGACAUGCCAAAUGAACCAGUGGACUGGACGUAUGCCCAGCUAGAGUUGUUAGAGAAACAAGGUGUAGAUCUAAGGAAAGAAAUGGAGACAAAGUCCAUAGGACCAGGAUCUAUAAAAAAUAAGUUAAAACAGCAAGGAUUAAGUUACAAGAAAGUUGGAGACAUCUAUAUGUCCAGUAUUAUAACAGUAUCAGACCUGCAGUCAGAGGAAGAAGCCAUGUUGUUACAGCAACAGGAAGAAUGCAAUUGGACAGACCGGGAUUACCAGUUGGCUGCCUGGGGAUUCAGAAAGUGGAAAUAUCAUCAGUUUACAUCAUUGAGGGAUGAUCUAUGGGGUAAUGCUAUAUUCCUGAAGGAAGCAAAUGCCAUUAGUGUAGAGCUGAAUAAAAAGGUACAGUUCCAGUUUAUACUGUUAACAGACAGCCUAUAUUCCCCAUUACCUCCUGAUCUCCUGUCGUCAGAGGAACGUGACCUCACACGACCUUUUCCAAAGACUGUGGUCGCUGUGGAGGUGCAAGAUACAAAAAAUGGUGCAACACAUUUCUGGAGUUUGGAAAAACUUAGACAUCGGUUGGAACUCAUGCGUGAAAUCUACAAUGAUGACCUGUCGCCUGACACGCCGGAAGCAAAACAAGAUUUCUUCCAUUGCCUUUCUGGCUGUGGGAACCAGAAUUAUUUCAAUUUUAUCAACCUCAUUCCAUCUAGACAAAGACUUGAGUUAAUGCGGGAAAUGUAUAAUAAUGAGGCGGAGCUUUCACCGACGUCACCGGAACAUCCCAGCAUUGACACUAUGACAGGCACAGAUCCAUUCUAUGACAGAUUCCCAUGGUUUAGACUUGUAGGAAGAUCAUUUGUAUAUUUGAGUAAUUUGUUCUACCCAGUACCUCUCACACACCGUGUCGCCAUUGUUAGUGAAAAGGGCGAGGUGAAAGGCUUUCUCAGAGUUGCAGUGCAGGCUGUUCUGUCAGAUAAAGAUGAUACUCCCGAGUAUGGAUCUGGAAUUAGACAAUCUAGUAAUGCCAAAAUUACCUUUAAUGAUGAAGAGUACUUUCAGAAGUUGCAAUCCAUCUCACAGAAGUUGUUAAGUAUGGGACAAACUGCUGUGAAGAAGACUCCUGUCUCGUCUACAGAGGAACUGAGGAUUGUAGAAGGCGAGGGCUCCCUCCCAGAUAACAUUGACAGAAAUGAAAAUGAAAAUACCCAGGAGAAGAAACUGAACAUGGAUCCAGACUCAUUCCCUGAUAUAGAUGUUAAUGAGCUGCCAAACCAUUUGAAGAUAGGUUCAACAUUACAGUUCCGAGUGACGCUGCUUCAGGCAUCCGGAAUAUCUCCAGAAUAUGCUGACAUCUUCUGUCAGUUCAAUUUCUUACAUCGUCAUGAUGAGGCAUUUUCCACAGAACCUCUGAAAAAUACGGGUAAAGGACCUCCACUUGGCUUUUACCAUGUACAAAAUUUCACAGUAAAUGUAACAAAGUCAUUUAUAGACUAUGUAAAGAACCAGCCAGUGGUGUUUGAAGUGUUUGGACAUUACCAACAGCAUCCAUUACAUGAACAGGCGAAGGAUUCUAAACAACCAUUUGUUAGAAGACAGUCGUCAAAGAAGCAUUUUCCGAUGUUACUUCCUAUAUCUAAACCAGUACCAUCACCAAAGUUUGGUGUUAUAACACCACCCAGGGAGAAAUGGAAAGAAAAGUUCAAAAGUCCAAGUAAACUUAUAAUGGAUAUCAGCAAAGCAAAAGGAGAUGAGGUUGUAGAAGAAACAGAUUCAAGCCAUGUACAUUCAAGAUAUGACCUUCUAGUCUGGUUUGAGAUUUGUGAACUUGCACCAAAUGGAGAAUAUGUUCCCGCAGUGGUUGACCACAGUGACGGUAUGCCGUGUUCCGGUACAUUCAUGUUACACCAAGGUAUACAGAGAAGAUUAGCCAUCACAAUUACACAUGAACAAGGACCAGAUUUCUUCUGGAAAGAUGUGAAAGAGCUUGUUGUUGGUCGUAUAAGGACAACUCCAGAUUUCCGAGAUUAUGACACUGAACACACAGUUUUAUCUCUUGGCCUAUUCCCUGCAUGUUACAUACAACAGCCGACUGAUGAUCGGGUGUUCUUUCGUUUCGAGGCAGCAUGGGAUAGUUCACUACACAACUCGCCACUGCUAAACAGGGUCACAGCAUCCGGAGAGAGGAUUUACCUUACAAUGUCCGCCUAUCUUGAGGUUGAUAACAGUCCGCAGCCAGCAUGUAUUACUAAAGACUUAUGUAUGGUCAUACAUUCAAGAGAUACCAAAAUAUCAGCUUCCAAUAGUCCUUUCAGGUCAUUGAGAAGUUUCUUCGGGAGUGGGGCAAAGUCAUCCGACUGUAACCGUGUUAGUGGAAUAUACGAGAUGUACCUACGUCAGAUGUCGGAGUCAGGUAGUCCAGGUGUACAAAGACGUCAGCGUCGUGUAUUAGAUACAUCAUCUACUUAUGUCCGAGGUGAAGAAAAUUUGAAUGGUUGGCGUCCGCGUGGUGACUCACUUCUUAUUGACCAUCAGUGGGAGUUGGAAAAACUGACACGACUUGAAAUGGUUGAAAAGUGCAGACAUGUACUUUUGUUACGUGAAAAAUUAGCUGAACAAAAUAAGACUCAAGAAUUGAGUAAAAUGGACAAAGAAGUUACAAAUAUGACUAAAAAAGCACAAACUAAACUUGAAAAAUCCGAGGAAUUUAAAGAAAAGUUGGAUGAAAUCGUAACAGAGAAAGAGGAUGAUACAACCGAGAAGAAUAAGUUUGCUGUGAGACGGGACAAUAGUUAUUUUAGCUUCCAGACAAAUGGAGAACCAGAGAAAGAAUUGGCGGCAAAAUGUCUGCGUUUAAUUCUACAGGGUCGUCUGCCACCAAACCCACCAUCAUCGGUCAAGACACCAAUGACAGAGUCUGUGAUUAGCUCAGUAUCAUCUACUGACAGUGAUUCUACAGCAAACAGCGAGUCCAUGUUGUCCAGUAUGGUCUCCUCUUCCUCAGAAAUGUUCAAAUCAAUGAAUUCUGAAGCUCCGGUUAAAAUGUCAAAAUCAUCUGAUAAUCUUACCAACUCCACAGCUUCCGGUGGAUCAGAAAGUACGGACCGGAAACUUACACUGCCAAUCAAGAGUAUACGACCGGACCAGGACAUCAUCGUGUUUGCACCUGAUGUUGAAGAGGUCAGAGUUAGUCCAGUAGUGGCGAGGAAGGGAUAUUUGAAUUUCCUAGAUGAGAAAUCAAAUGGAUGGAUCAGAAAAUGGGUGGUUGUGAGACGUCCAUUUGUGUUUAUCUACAACUCAGACAAGGAUCCAAUGGAGCGUGGUGCAAUUAAUCUUACCACAGCGCAGAUAGAAUACAGUGAGGACCAACAGUCACUUCUUAAGGCCAGAAAUACUUUCUCUGUCUUGACUAGAUACAGAGGUUUCCUGUUACAGACUCCAGAUGAUAAAGAAUUCCAUGAUUGGCUUUAUGCCAUAAAUCCUCUACUAGCUGGACAGAUUAGGUCCAAACUUGCAAGGAGAAAGCAAGUUCCUAUUUAAUCCAUGAACAAACUGUAAAAAGCUUCCUUCUUAGCAAGAUUUUAUGUACAUUUUGAAUGUUGUUAAUUGAAACUUCAAAGUUCAUUUGUCAAAGAAUCAGCAGACACAAUUGCAAUAACAAGAUAGAUAACUCUCCAUGGACUCCACAGUGUGUUAGUAGUGAGAAAUUCAUGAUGGUGAUCAACAGUUAAGAUCUUGAUGUGAAGUCAUACAAAUCUGUGUGCAAUAAUGUACUAGCCCCAGUAGAAGAAUUCUUUAAAAGGGGAGAUAACUUCAAACAUCAUUUUCUGAAAAACGGACAUAAUCCCCUAGACUCAAGUCAAGGGAGGCAAGUAGUACUAACAUGAAGAACAAGGGAGGUAACUGAGAUUACUAGAGGACAGAAUAUCAAGGAAAAAGAAGAUAUUUUGCUACAUUUAUUUAUUUAGCAUUUAAGCUUAAGUAUGGUAUGAUUAUGAUAAGUAUUGCUAUGUAUUUUAUUCACAUCAUUCCGAAUCAGUAAUGCAUAUUCAUUAGGUGUUAAACUCAUUAGAAUACAUAGCUCAUUAUGCCUCAUGAAUAUUCAUACCAAGUAAUGUGUCACUCUAUGAGAUACAUAGAUUUAUAUAUAUAUAGUAAUUCUUAACUUAUUUAAUGCUGUUUGGUUGUGUUGGAUAUAUAUAUAUAUAUAUAUUCAAGGCAUUAUUUGAAGGUUAUAUGAAGUAAGAUACCCUUAUUUCUUCUCAUGACUUUAAACAAGCUGAACUAGUCAAAUUAUUCUUAAAGUGCUAUGGAUUUUAGCGAAAAUUGAAGUUGAGUUUUUAAUUUUUUGUGUCAAAUGAUUUGUCGAUGCAAGAUUGUUUCAUUUUGGCCUAGUAUUAAGAAAGGUCUUAGUGUUGUCUAAGUGGAUAGCUAGGGCCAUUUGAUUUGUACUGAGGAAUGGUAGUAAGGCCCUGCAAUUAAAAUUUAUAACUUGUAAAUGAUAAUAACUAGUGAAUGAUAAUUACAAUUAGUUGUGAGUGAUAAGUAGUAAUUGCAACUUUAGAGUGAUGAUAACAGUUGCUGAAUGGUGAUUACUUAGAAUGAAUUUUUACAUCAGCCAAAAGACUGUGAUUACAUCUUGUGAUUGGUUAUUACAUCUAAGAAGUUGUUAUUACAAUGAGUAUGGAUUAAUAACAACUUGCAUUUAGUAAUUACAACUUGAAAGUGGUAACUGUAAUUUGUGAGGGGUUAUUACAAUUACAGUAACUCCUGCCAGUAAAUAGUUUUAAUAUCUGAAGAUUUGGACCGAGAUAGAAUUACAAAAUAGAUUUAAGUACUCUUGACUGGUGCUACGUAUUGACCUCAUUGAAAAAAAAGAUUAAAUUCACACCAAAAACUACAAAAAUUAUAUUUUGUUUGUGGUAGAAGAAGAUUUACUUAUUCAUUAGAAGAUGUAUGUCACAGAACACAAAUUAUUUACACAUGAUGAAAACACACCAUCAUUAUACACACUGCCUGCAUAAUUCAUGUAAUCCAGAUAAAAUGUGCAAUAUUAUUACAUAUGUGUAGUAAAAUCAUUAUAUUAUUAUGAGUAGAAGUAUGUUAAGACACACAUGGUGUUUUAGAAGAUUAAUGAUAUGUGAGAUAAGACAUGAAUGGUAUUCUAAAAUAGUUUUUGAAUAAGAGAUUAUACAUAUUAUUACGUGGUAGUACUUGUUGUAGGAUGGAAAAAUGACCUUUUUUAUGCCCCCGAAGAGAGGCAUAUUAGUUUUCAACUGUCCGUCCGUUCGUUCGUUCGUUCGUUCGUUCGUCACAACGUUAACUUUUUGCAUGAAGGCACUAUACUCGUGAACCACUGCACCCAGGACCUUCAAACUUCACAUGCUAAUAGUACUUAUUGAGUACACGACCCCUAUUGACUUUGGGGACACCAGGUCAAAGGUCAAGCCGCUGCGGGGGCAUUUGUCACCAAUAGUGACAGCUCUUGUUUAACUUUCUUUUUACAAUUCCUUAAAACAUUUCAAGAACUCUAAAAGAAUGGUUAAUGUAAGUUAUGGUGAAGUAUUAUUCUAGUUAAAAAAGUUUGUAGUUCCUACUGAUUAUGUAUGUAUAAAUACAUUUUAUGCUAAACAAUAUAAUGCUUAGAUUCUUUGAACUAGCAGUCUGGGUUCAGUCUUCGGGAAUUUAUGCUUUUAUCAGUCAUAUCUUGGCUAUGAAAAAUAUUCUUUUCUCACAGGUUGCAAGAUCUAUCUAGUUUUCUCAUUGAAACAGAAGUUUAAAUCAGAAGUUGCCUACCUGACUUAUUUUAAAAGUGUUUGAACAAAGAAAAAUGUAAAUUUUGAUGAAAAGAACUUCAGGUUUGGUUUAAUCAAUGUAGAAACAUCUGAACAUAUAGGUUUGGAACUAGAGAAUCUUGGAAACUAAUUAUUAUAUUUUUAGCCUUUUAAAAUGAUAAACCAUGAGUUGAAAUAAUCUGUGAUAUUUUUGAGUGUGUUUAAGUUGCUUAUUUGUAUAUCUGCAAACAUCAUUGCCCCAAACACAUGUAUGUCAGCAAACACAAUUACCCCUGGUACAUGUAUAAUGGAAAACAUCACUGCCCUUGGAACAUGUAUAAUGGCAAACACCAUUGCCCAUGGCACAUGUAUGUUGGCAAAGACCAUUGCCCAUGGCACAUGUAUGUCAGCUUACAACAUUGCCUCUGGCUCAUAUAUGUUGGCAAGCCACAUUGCCCUUUGUAAAUUUGUAAAUGUAUGUCGGCAAACACCGUUGUCCCUGGCCCAUGUAUGUUGGAAAAUGCCAUUGCCCCUGGCACAUGUUUGUUGGAAAACACCAUUGCCCCUGGCAUAUGUACGUCGGCAAACACCAUUGCCCCAGGCCCAUGUAUGUUGGAAAACACCAUUGCCAACGGCACGUUUGUCGGAAAACACCAUUGCCCCUGGCACAUGUAUGUCAGCAAACACCAGUGCUAUGGCAAAUGUAUAUAACACCAUUGACCCAGAUAGUGUACGUCAGCAAACUCUAUUGCCCUGGCAAAUGCAUGGAUUUGAAGUUUUUUGUGUAUAUGCUGCUUUAAGUAUUGUGUUUGAAUAAUAUAACAACAAUUUUAUUUAAUCCAGAGGUAUAUAAGUUAUAUAUGAUUACAAAAAAGGGACAAGAAAGAAUACCUAGGGCACAUAGCUUGGGAUAUAAAAUGGGAAUCCAAUAGUGUAAGGUCAUAUCCUCACAGCUCAUUACUUGAACUCAGUAUAUGGCCGUAUUACAUAAAGAGAGAAAUCCAUCAGACAGGCCUAGACAAGGCCAGUAGUUCCUUUCUUUGAACUGAAAGUUUAGUUAGUUUGAAAGAGUUCUGAAUGAAAUUCAUUCACAAAUUUAUAGCAUGAAAGGGAAGAUAUAUGUACAUGAAAGAUGGAACAAAGUGUGUAUUAUGUUAAUUGAAUAAAUUACUUUGUUUAUACCUUAUUAUUCCAUGAUUAUUUUAUGAUUACAUUUUCUCAUUAAACAUUAGCUCAUUAUUUAUCAUUAAAUGUGAAAAUUUUAAUUGAUUAUUGUAAAUGUAUAUUUAUGCUUUAGAUGUCCUUCCUGGUGUAAAUGAGGAAAAAUUGUUAAAAGUGUAAGCGUUUUGUGAGAAUGGAGUAAAAUGAUCAAAUACACGUGUUUCAUGGUAAUUGGAAGUGUUCUUCACAAACUUUAUCAAAUAUAUUAAAAGUCAUGUGCUAUACACUAGAUAAUAAUAUUGAGAAUAAUUGAUUAAAGUGUAAAAGUUAGUAUAGAUAUGAAAUAAUGUAGACAUGAAGAAAAAAUUGCUGCCUUUCUUUGUUAGGUAGAAAAGUUUUUUGAUGCAGUAUCGAUCUCACUAAAGAAGUAUAGUUGUCCUCAUUUGUAAUAUUCUUGAUGAUUAAACUAAACUUAAAUGAGCCGCGCCAUGAGAAAACCAACAUAGUGGGUUUGCGACCAGCAAGGAUCCAGACCAGCCUGCGCAUCCGCGCAGUCUGGUCAGGGUCUGUGCUGUUCACUUUUAAAGUCUACUGCAAUUAGAAAAACCGUUAGCGAACAGCAUGGAUCCUGACCAGACUGCGCGGAUGCGCAGGCUGGUCUGGAUCCAUGCUGGUCGCAAAGCCACUGUUGGUUUUCCCAUGGCGUGGCUCAAAUAUACUUCUAUUAUGAAGAGAUGAUAAGAUCACAGCAUAAAGUAUCAAAAGGAAUUAAUCAAGUACAAAAGUAUCAAGUUAAAAAGGUUGGUUUCUUACCUUUUAUGGAAUUUCAAUGAUUUGUUAAGAAAUUUUAAAGUAUUAUUUUUUGUUGGUUUAUUGAUUGUUUUAGAAUGGCUUUGAGGUAUUCGCCUGAUACUGGGAUCAGUGAAUUUUAUUUUUCACCACAAAAAUAUUGAGAAACUACCAGUAGGAGAAUGUUUGCAUGCAGAAAUGUUGCGAAUAGUUUUAAUUGUGUUGAAUUUGUGGAUGAAAUGGUUUCUGUCAUUCACUAUAAUGUAGCUGUUAUCAACAUAAUCGAUACAAAUUAUCCUAUUACUUAUUCUAGUAAAAAAUUUGGGCAAGUAAGGAAUGUAACUGAAAAACAUCAGAUAUUUUUAUAUCAGUUAAGUCCCCAAAACUAUGAAAACUUUUCAAGAGUGCAACUACACUGUACUCAAAAAUCUGGUUAUCCAAUUCAAGAAAGUGUUUUGCAUUUACUUAUACAUGAUUUUAAUUUCAGAUAUAUUUACUGUUCACAUAACAAUUAUUUUCACAUUGCAAAAUUAAUGACAUACAGUAUUGAAAUUUGUCUUUUAUUCUGUAACGAUUGUAGAUAUUUCAGUAGUUUGCUACAUUCAGAUGCCAUUUAUUGUGCAAUAUAUUGUUUUAUCUUGCGUUAUAACCUCUCAGAUAUAUUAUAAGCUUUGAUAAUCAGUUGCUGAAUACAUGUACACUGUAACCUGCAUUUUUCAACCUUCAUGAACUUCAAAAACAUGUUGUUCUUUUUCUUCUUUCUGUGCCCAAUACAUUAUACUCUUUUUCAGAGUUUUAAAAUAUUUCUCACUUACGUUCCCUUGUGCAUUGAGAAAAACACAGUUUUGUUGAAGUCUUUAUGAAUAAUAAGAAAUAUUUUAAAAAAUUUAGAUGAUCAUAUUAAUUUAAGUUGAAAUAGAUUUCAUUUUCACAGCCCACCUGGUCAACUUACUGAGUAGAGGGGAAGUCUUUCAAUUGGCAGAUGUAGUGAUUGACAGGUGGAGACAGUGUUAAAUAUCAUUCGUUCUCCACUUUUCAUUCAUGUUUGGAAGUUGUCCGUUAUUUUCAGCCAUUCGAAGAAAAUUAAGACUUUUCUUUACUGUUUAUUGAUACAGUAUGUUGUGCAAGCAUAAAGAACUGGAUACUUGCAAUAGAAUAUAUGCACUGGAACCCCUCCCUACCAAACACCUUAAGACCAAAGGAAAAGUUCAGUUUUCAGAGGUCUUCAGUUUGAAGGCAUUAUUUUUGAAAAAAGGAAGGCAAAGAACCAUUCUGAUCAAAGACUAUGGUUCAGUCAGUUUGGAGGGGUUGUCGAUUCUCCUGCCGGGGUUCUGGUAAAGAGGGGUUUCAUUAUAUAUAUAAAAUAUAGUACAGUGAAACAGAGAACAGCAUAAAAUUUAAACUUUUGUUAAGGCUGAAUAAAAUGUUAAAGAUUACUACAAUUAUGAAAAAUAGAAUAAAAUGAACUAGGUUGGGAGAGAGAAGACAAAAUUACACAAACAAGAGCAAAUUUUGAAAACUGACUUGAAAUGGUUUAGCUGAAACUGCAUGAUUAUUUGAUGUGAAAGCUGGCAAGCAAAAAGAUCUGGAUUCUUGCUGUAUGGAUAGGUUAUAAAUUUAUUUUAAAGUGAUUUGUACUUCAGUGUUUGGCUUCAGGGAAUAUUUUACUCUUACUAAAAAGGGUACAGGGUAUAUUUACAUAUUAUACUUGUAGUCAUAUGAAUGUAUAUCUUCUAAUCAGAAAGUUUUAUGAAAUUGGGUAUAUUCUCCAAAACAACAGAAUUUGUUUAAGGUGUAGGAAAAAAUAUUGUAACUACUAUAUAUUCACUUAUAAUAUACCAUACUUUAGUAUAUUUUAGUGUACAUAGUCCAAUUUUGGACCAGGCAGUUUUUACGAAACCAUGUGGUUUUAUUUUUAUUUGUGUGAUAUUCACCACUUAACAUGUUUAAAAGUACUCUGUUAAACCUUGUCUGAUAUUGGUGAACUGAAUUGUAAGCUUUUCAAAUUGAUCCAGUUAUUGACUGUGUCCACAAUAUUCCAAAGUAUGGUACUAGUUCACUAGAAAUACCAUUGUACCAGUCUGUGAUACUAUUUUUAUUUAUUUUGCACUAAAUUAUGUUAUGAUUUAUAUAAGAACAAUUUAUAUAUGAUUUGUUAUGAUUUUUGUAUUUUAUCAAUUUGCAUGCUUUUGUUUGUUUCAUAUAGCUGUCAUUCAAAGAUUGAAUUUGGGAAUGUGUAAAGCAGGUGAUAAUGUAUUUAGCAGUUGCUCUCCAAUAUUCACAUGCUAAAGUUUAAUGAAAUUAAUUAGAACUGCACGAGAAAGUACUUUUCAGUUGAUAAUAAUAGUUAAUGAAGAGAAAAACUAAGUGAUUCAGUGGGCUGUAUAGGCAGUUACUGUAGGGUACUUGAAAUACAGAUAUUUAAUAAGGCUAAAAAAAAUGUUGUUUUUAAAAUUUGAAUUAGUGCACAUGGUAGUAUGUUCAGGACAUAUGCCAGCUUGUGAAACGUUUAGGACAGUUUAUAAUGAUAGCAGCACAUUCAUGAGUAUUUACUUUAACACAUACUGAAAGUUGCAAAUAUAGACAACAUUUCUGAUUUUACAGUUCAAAGGAUUUGUGUACAGUAUACAUUGGGAGCUUUUACCACUUGCUUAAAAUGCUGCCUAAAUCUAGGAAAUGCUGCUUUAUGCCAAGUUUAGUUAAAAAAGAAGACAAACUUAUUAACAGCAUGUUUUGAUUUUCUUAUUUGAAUUUCUUCACCAGGAGCUGGUCAAAGAAAUAACAGUAACAUUGUCAAGUGAAAUGACACUGUAAACAUGGUGUUAUAUAUCGGCGUAGAUAUAAAUACAUGAAUAUUGGUUCUUCCCAUUAGGUCUGAAAUGUUACUUUGACAAAAUUUAACAAUUUCCAGCUGUUAAGCCAUAUGAUAUGACACGAUAUUUACUGAAGAAGGGCGGUAUAUUGCCUCUUAUUGUGAAUAUUACGUAAUACCGACAGCUCAAGAGUGAGUAGUUAUAUAUUUCUGUAAACGAAAUAUGAAUAUGGAUUAGCUGGACUUUUUACUGAAUUGAUUCUUCUCUUGUUUGAAAAAUAUAAAGAAGGUGUUGUCACUUUUAGUUACUUGCAUAAAACAUAUAGACAUCUUGUUUGUUUGUUUUUCCUUGAAAAAGUAUCUUUUCAUCAUGAUAAAAUUUGACUUGAGAAAUUUACCUUUAAAUAUUUUUCAUAUCCAUCUGAUAUUACAGAAUGAUGAAUGCUGUGUCUAUGUGUCUGUGUGUAAUUGUUGCUAUGGUAAUUGUUGCUAAGUAACACUUUCCUGCUGCAUAGUUACCGUUGCUAUGUUGUAACAAUAUUCCUUGUUUUUCAUCGUUAGUGAACAUAAUGUUACUGCAAAGACAUGCAAACAAAUAAAAAUCUGUUAUAAAUCAGA